UACGAGGUUGAUAUGACUUGUAGAUUACAAAUUUUGAUUGCAGUAACUUAUCGAAUCCCUGCUUCCCUGCAAUACAAUAAUGCUAUUUACUUCAGAAAGCGUAUAAAUACGAAUCCAUUCCGCUGAAAUAGCCACACCUGCUCUCUGACAUCUAGGCAACUCACUUUGAACUUCUGAAUAUAUAUUGAUCUCUUGGUACCACUGCAGUUAUUGCUGUUGAACUUCUCUCAGUGUCAUUCUGACAUUGCUCUGCCUUCUGCCCCUCCAUCCAAAACUCUUCGGGUUAAUUAUCAGCAAAAUGACAGUUUCUCAGUUGAUGGGAGGACCCUCAUGUGGUAUUACUGGUAAAAGUUUGGAAAGAAGAGCAUUUACAAAGAUUCGCAAGCCUUUUGCUGGAAUAGGAGACGCAAAAUCUCAUCAGAAUUUUCGUUUUGCGGGGACAAACAGAGGGGGUCUUAGCUUCAACAACUUCAUUAAGUGUUGUGGCUCAAUCAGCAGUCAAGACACUACAGAUUUUCUUCGAAUCAGUCCUAGUGUUGGGGAAAGAUUUGCAUCUAACAGUGUAGCAGAACUCAGCAAGGAUAAGUUUGAGUCAAGGGUGGCGCCAGCUACGGGUCAAUCCCCUUCUCAGAAUGUCCAAAUGGAUCUUAUAAUGCUUUCUUUACCUGCAAUUGCUGGACAAGCAAUUGAGCCCUUAGCACAACUGAUGGAAACAGCUUACAUUGGUAAAUUGGGUGCCUUGGAGUUGGCAUCCGCUGGUGUUUCCAUAUCAAUAUUCAACAUCCUCUCGAAGGUAUUCAAUAUUCCUCUUCUCAAUGUUGCAACAUCUUUUGUGGCUGAAGACAUCGCAAAUAAUGCAAAGGAGGAGUCUAUUUCAGAUAGUAGCUUUAUGGAGGCAAAGGACAAUGACAGAAAGCUGCUCCCUUCUGUCUCGACUGCCUUAGUUUUAGCAUUUGCAAUCGGUGUCUCUGAGGCCCUAGCAAUGUAUUUUGGGUCUGGAGUGUUUCUUAACAUCAUGGGAAUAUCAUCUGCUUCAUCCAUGCGUGCUCCAGCGCAAAGAUUUCUGUGUCUCAGAGCAAUUGGUGCUCCUGCAGUGGUUGUUUAUCUAGCCAUUCAGGGCAUUUUCCGCGGGUUUAAGGAUACAAGGACUCCGGUUUUAUGUCUAGGAUUGGGAAAUUUCGCAGCUGUAGUAAUGUUCCCCAUACUGAUGAACUACUGUCAGUUGGGUGUAACCGGUGCAGCCAUUUCCACUGUUAUAUCUCAAUACAUUGUCGCUUUUCUGAUGAUUUGGUACCUUAACAAGAGGACUGUUUUAUUGGUUCCCAACAUAAAGAAUUUGCACUUUGGUGACUACCUAAAAUCUGGUGGUUUUCUUCUUGGAAGAACUCUUGCUUGUGUCUUGACUAUAACUUUGAGCACAUCGAUGGCUGCUCGCCAGGGAGCUAUAGCAAUGGCAGCUCAUCAAAUAUGUCUACAAAUCUGGUUAUCUGUGUCUCUUCUUGCAGAUGCACAAGCAGCAUCUAGUCAGGCUCUCAUCGCAAGCUAUCUUGCCAAGGGACACUACAACACAGUGAAAGAAAUCACGCAUUUUUCCUUAAAGGCCGGAUUGUUCACUGGUGUGUCUCUAGCUCUCAUUUUGGGCACUUCUUUUAGUUACAUUGCCACAUUGUUCACUAAUGACCCACAAGUACUUGGAAUCAUCAGAUCCGUCGUAGUAUUCCUCUGUGCCUGUGAGCCCAUCACUUGCCUGGCUUACAUUUUUGAUGGCCUUCAUUAUGGUGUUUCUGAUUUUUCAUUCAUUGCUUUCACCACGAUGGUUAUUGCUGCAAUUUCUUGUGCAUUCUUGCUCUAUGCUCCUAAUUUCAUCGGUCUUUCGGGUGUUUGGAUCGGUUUAACCCUUUUCAUGGGUCUGCGGAUAGUUGCAGGAUAUAUGAGAUUAUACUCGAAGGAUGGUCCCUGGUGGUUCUUACAGAAAGAUGUUGUACCAAAACUUGAGGUUGUCAUCUGAAAAUGGAAGAAGAUGAUGCUACUACGAGAAACAGCAGCAGCUUUUAGAUCAUACUUAAUUUGCGAGCAAAUAAUUAAAAGGUUGCUGCUAAUCCAUGUUUAAACAAUUAAUUUAAUUUUUAAUAUUAAUAAAAUUAUAU